AUGUGGAAAUUUAGAAAAAUCAUUUAUCCAAUUAUUAUUAAUAAUAGUUUCCGAUUACCAACAAAAUAAGCAUGCUUAGAAUAAUUAAACAAAUUAGGAAUAAACUAUAUUGCACAUAACCAUGACCCAGUUCCAACAAUGGAUGAUCUUAUAAAAAUUCAAGUAGCAGAUGGUACAGCCUAUGUUAAGAGUUUAUUAUAUGUUGAUAAGAAAGUAUUAACCUAAUUAAUAACUUAUAGUCAAAUUACUAUUUAAUCUUAGCAAAUCACACAACAUAAAUUGGUAAAUUGUUUUGGAAAAAUCUCGGAUUAUCAUCAGGAAAUAUGAGAUUAAGCAAGGAAGAACAAAUUGCAGAAACAUUAAAAUCAAGCAAAGGUAAUGUCAAUCCUUUUGCUAUAGCUAAUGACUCAAAUAAUCUAGUAUUUUACAAUUAAAUUAAUAAUAGAUCAAAAAUAUUAUUAUAGAUGAAGAACUAACUAAAUUUUAAAGAUUAGCAUUACAUCCUAUAGAAAAUACAAGUACAAUUGAAAUCACACUUGAUGAUUUACAAAAUAAAUUCUUAAAAUCAUUAAAUAAAAAUUAUAAAGUCUUACAAUUAACAGAUGUUGCAGCUUAAUAAAAAUUAGAAUAAUAAAAAGAUUAAUAAAAUUAAUAAACUUUAGCUAUUACAGUAAAAAAAUCUGAUUUCUCAGAAUGGUAUUAAUAAGUGAUAAGAAAAGCAGAAUUGAUUGAAUAUUAUGAUGUUAGUGGGUGUUAUAUUUUAAGACCAUGGGCAUAUUUCAUUUGGGAAUAAAUUUAAAGAUAUUUAGAUGAUUUAAUAAGAAGAGAAGAUGUAGAAAAUACAUAUUUUCCAAUGUUUUUACCAGCUAAAAAUUUAACUAAAGAGAAAGAACAUGUAGAAGGAUUUAAAGCAGAAGUAGCUUGGGUUACAAGGUAUGGAGAUAGUGUUUUAAAUGAACCAUUGGCAAUUAGACCAACAUCUGAAACAAUUAUGUACCCAGCAUUUGCAAAAUGGGUUUAGAGUCAUAGAGAUUUACCAUUAAAAGUGAAUUAAUGGACAAAUAUUGUUAGAUGGGAAUUCAAAUAUCCAACUCCAUUUAUAAGAACAAGAGAAUUCUUAUGGUAAGAAGGACAUACUGCUCAUUCAACAAGUGAAGAGGCAAUUAAAUAGGUUUAUACUAUUUUGGAUUUCUAUGAAUAAGUCUAUAAUGAAUUGUUAGCAGUCCCUGUAAUCAAAGGAGUAAAAAAUCAUAUAAAUUUAAAUAGAUUAAAACUGAAUCAGAAAAAUUUGCAGGAGGAGAUUUUACUACAACAAUAGAAACAAUAAUUCCAUAGAAUGGAAGAGGAUUAUAAGGUGCAACAUCUCAUCAUUUAGGAUAGAACUUUAGCAAAAUGUUUGAGAUAAACUUUGAAGAUGAUAAGAGAUAGAAAACAUUUGCAUGGCAAACUAGUUGGGGUUUAACUACAAGAUCUAUUGGUGCUAUGAUUAUGUUUCAUGGUGAUGAUAAAGGAUUGGUAUUACCACCAAGAAUUGCUAAAUAUCAAAUUGUCAUAAUUCCAAUUAUACAUAAGGAUAUUGAUGAAAUAUAAUUGAUUGAGAGAUGUUAAUAAAUUAAAUAAAUGUAAAUGAAUUUUAAUAUAUAUAAAUAUAGAUUGAUAUAAUAAAAUUUAAGAGUUCAUAUUGAUGCUAGAGACAAUUAUUCUCCAGGUUGGAAGUUUAAUAAAUGGGAACAAAAAGGAGUUCCAAUUAGAUUAGAAAUUGGGCCUGGAGAAUUUAAAAAUAAUGAAGUAAGAGUUGUUUAAAGAUUCGAUAAUAAGAAAUAUUAAAUAACAAUACAAGAACUUAAUUAAUUAAAUCAUAUUCUUGACAAUAUACAUAAUUCAAUGCUUAGCAAAGCUAAAAUAGAAUUAAAUUAAAGAAUCAAGAAAGCUGAUAAUUGGAAUGAAUUUAUGUAACAUCUUAAUCAAAGAAAUACAAUAUUAACUAAAUGGUAUAAUAUUUAUUUAUCAUUUAGGUGUGAAAGAACUGAGUGUGAAGAGUAAAUCAAAGCCAAAUCAGGAUCAGAAUCUAAAGAAAAAGAUUUAGAAAUUGAUGGACAAAUAUAACUUACAGGAAGUGCUAAAACUCUAUGCAUACCUUUAAAUCAAGAGGAGAUUUUAGAAGGAUAAAAAUGUUUCCAUUGUGGUUGCUAAGCUAAAAGAUAUGUUCUAUGGGGAAGAUCAUAUUGA